AUGAAAUUUUCAAUCUCAGCACUGAAGCAGGUACAACCAAUCUUGAGCUUCAAGAACAAACUCUCCAAGGUCAACGUCAACUCUUUUCUCCGUCCACAAGAAAAAGUCGUCUUCGUGAUGGGUGCUACUGGAUCCGGUAAGUCCCGUCUAGCCAUCGACCUAGCAACUCGUUUUCGAGGAGAGAUCAUAAACUCCGACAAGAUCCAACUUUACAAGGGCCUCGAUGUCCUAACAAACAAGGUCACACCUCAAGAAUGCCAAGGCGUGCCUCAUCACUUGCUCGCAGUACUCGACACGGAAGCCGGAAACCUAACGGCUAACGAGUUCAGCCGCCUUGCGUCACAAGCAAUCUCAAAAGUCUCAGCAAACCACAAGCUUCCUAUAGUAGCCGGUGGAUCAAACUCAUACAUCGAAGCACUUGCGAAUCAUUCCUCGAGUUUCUUGUUAAACAACUACCAAUGCUGUUUCAUUUGGGUCGACGUUUCUUUACCCGUACUUAACUCCUUUGUCUCGAGACGUGUGGACCGCAUGAUGGAAGCAGGACUACUCCAAGAAGUGAGAGAAGUGUUCGACCCGAAAGCGGAUUACUCAGUCGGGAUAAGACGAGCUAUCGGAGUCCCCGAGCUUGACGAGUACUUACGUUGUGAAUCAUUAGUGGACAAAGAUACGCAAAAGAAGAUGCUUGACGUAGCGGUUAAAAACAUUAAAGAGAACACAGAGAAACUAGCUUGUAGACAGUUCAAAAAGAUUCAACGUCUAUACAAGAAGUGGAAGUUGUCUAUGCACCGUGUGGACGCCACUGAAGUGUUCUUGAAACGCACCGAAGAAGAAUCGGACCAGGCUUGGGAGAAUCUCGUAGCGAGACCGAGCGAGAGAAUCGUCGAUAAGUUUAUUAAUAACCAAACGGAAAAUGAGGAGGUUGGUCACUGUUUGACAACCAUUGGUGCGGCGUCUUACGGUGGAAGAAGGGCCCACCAUUUGAUAUGA